GUAAACAGUUGGAUAAUUGUAAGAUAUAAAUAUUUCUUCACUGGGUCGCGGAUCUUUAAGUCAUAAAUUUCUCCGCCUUUUUCGAAGUCUUACUUGAAUUUUCUGUGUUUUUAUUCGAAAAAUUCAAAAAGGAUUAAAUUGUUAUGAUGAUUUUAAAGUCGACACGAAAUUUCAAAUUAGGUGUUGUUUUGUUUUUGAUAUUAAGUAUUUUCAUAUGUUUUAAUACAAACUAUUUCGGAGACAGUGAAAACAGUAUAUUUAAAUCAGAAUUGUUCAAGCUUAUUGUAAAUCAACCAUCAAAAGAAGCAAAUACAUCAAUUUCAGAUAUCUCAACGAAAACAAAAAAUAUUUCAGAUAUAGACGUUGUGUACAAGAAAAUGCUUUCCUAUACAGGAAAGACAAACAUGUCAGAGUUAACAGAUACAAAAUUAAAUAACGGGAAUGUUAAGUUUCGGGCAAAGUUACAAAACUCAAGUACUACACGUAUAAAAGACAGUACAUUGGGAGCUGAAAAUUGCACAAAGAAAGAAGUUUCAUUAUCUCAAAGACAGUUACCUGUUACGGGACUCGUCAGCUUUCCAGGAUCUGGAAACACAUGGACUAGGCAUCUGAUACAGCAAAUGACAGGACUUGGUACAUCCAGUGUGUAUUGUGAUGGAAGUCUCAAAGUGCGAGGUUUUCCGCAUGAAUGUCAACAUGACAAGACAAAAGUCGUGGUUGUAAAAACCCAUGAAGCAAGGCACUUUAAAAUGUUCACAAAGAUAGUUUUGCUUCUAAGAAAUCCAUAUGACGCCCUUCUUUCUUUUGCAAACUUUUUAAAGGCUGGACACACGGGUCAUCCACAGGAAAAAGUUUUGAUUAAAGCAAGCAAUGCGUCGUUCGAGCACUCGCUGCAUUGGUAUGUUGAUCUGACAAGAAGCACAAUAAAGGUAUUCAAAGGACCAGUGCACGUUAUUCAGUAUGAAACACUUCAAACAAACAUGUCUAGUGAGCUGAAAAAACUUGCGUCCUUCUUCGAUUUAAAUAUCUCUGAUAGAGAUAUAGAAUGCACAGUCAAACUUCAGGAGGGAAAUUUUCAUCGUUUGACAAACGAAAAGAAACAUAUAGAACUUUUACGAACCGUUUAUCCAAAAGAAAAACUAUUACGACUACAAGAAGCUGCAAGGUAUUCUGAGAAAAUGAUAAAAGAUGCAUAUAAUAUAGACAUUGACCUUGGUGGUCACACCGAGAAAAUUUUACUGCAAGGUUUUUAAUGUGAAUAGAAUUUUUGUGUCUUUUUUAUUCGCCAAUCACCAGGUCCCGUGUUCAGGAUCAGGUGAUCCUGAUUUUAUUUCCAUUGUUUUAUAAAACUAAAAUUGAUUGUAUUAUGCUAGAAUUCAAUGGUGCAUAUUCUUAUUGUAAAUAAUUGCUUAUUUGCAAAGAAACCAACCUAUUUUGGGAUAAAAAAUAACUAAUAACAAAACAAAAACAAACGGAUCAAAAUGAGGAUCAAUUUUAAGAUCAAGAUCAAAAUUUGGAUCAACUGUAAAAUGCCUAUUUCUUGUAAAAAUUACGAUAAAUUUAUUCUAAAAUUUCAUAAACAUGCUAUUUUUAAGGCCAGUUUUAUCAAGUUAAUAUUGAAUAUUUAAUCUAUGAGGAUAAAUAAUGGAGAAUAUUUGAGUUUUUAAAUUUGAUCCUGAUCUUGAUCCUGAUCCUUAAAUCUUUGUGAACACGGGGCCAGUUUCAAUGACGACUAGGGUAUUAGAUUAUUUAUUUGAUAAAAGAAAACAAUACAUAUAACAUAAAUAUCACUGUUGUAAUCUUAAUAUCCAUUUUACGGAUAUGUCUGAUUAUACAAAGCAAACCAUACAAGGAUAGAGCGAAAAUCUCACCAGCACCUAGCUGGGCACCGAACAAAAAGCAAGCGAGGACACAGAUACAGAGCGCGGACGGGGAGGAAUAAUAGACAAGAAUGUGGUUGACUAUAACAUAAAUCUUUCAUAAUAAAAAUUGCAGUAUUUUGUAUGGCGGUAAUUUUGCAACAAAAUAGUUUAAAUUUGUAGCAACACGUGAUAAAUCAGAUUAUAAUUAUAUUAUUCCAUGUGACCACUAGACAAACUUAAAUAGAUAGAGUCAUUGUUUUACACCUUUAUAACGUAAUUCUAUAUAUAGUGCACUUCAAGUGCGUAAGUUGUAAUGUAAGUUUAAUGGUUUAGAAAAUGUAUAUAUGUAUGUUAUUCAUUUUCAUAGAAUUUUGAUAAAGGUUCAAUUGUGAGUUAGUGGAUUAAUACAUUGUAGUCUCUCAUACUGCUUUUAGAAUGGUUUGUGUGAUAAUUUGAAACGUAGAUGUAUUGGGUAUAUUAUCACUGCAGAGUAAUAAAUAUUUUUUUCUUAUCAAAUGUGUUUGAGAAAUAAAUAGAUUAGAAUGUAACAGUUUUAUUGUUUAAUUAGAUGGCUUUUCAUCAGUCAGCAAUGGGUACCGGUAUAUUAUAUAAAUAACACAUGGGUGUG